UACGAGACGAAGGGCAUUCGCGUGUUUGGACCACUCGAGAGUUCGGUGAGCACGAGAAAGUCCCCGAUAGCACGAGGAAUGAGUGGUGGUGGAGAUCCGCAGAGCAGGCCGUGGGAGGAGCGGCUGAUGUAUGGCAUCGAGAUGGGACGGAAACCUUUUCCGGGAGCUCCGUCGCACUUCAGCAAGGGUACGAUGCACCAUACGAAGCUGGAGUGAAUACAGAAUGGAGUACAAGCGACAUCGUCGGGGCUAGCGGUUCAAGCUCGACCUGGGAUGGAACAAUCUCGGAAGUAGCGUCCUCUGCGCUUGGUCAGUGGUCGAGGAGUUCUCGAGUACCUCAGUCUGGGGAAUCUUCCUCCUUUUACAAUUCCAAGGCGGAUACAAGCUUAGGAAACUUCGCAACUUGGACGGCCGCAGCAUCGGUGCAAGACACAGGCGAUUCGCGCUCUUGGCAUACAGGAGAGUUUGAGGGAGAAGCAGAUCCCACUCUCGCAGCCAGGAAUGAGAUUUGGUGGAAAGAAGACAACCACGCCUCGGGUGGUGCUUCGAAUAUCUGGGAUAAAGAUCAAUCGGAUACGCUAUCUGGAGCCUCUGAUGCACUUCAGAGUCAAGGCAAGACACUAUCCGAAGCGGGAUCGAACACAAGAUGGAGUGCUAGCAAUACUGUUGAAGAUUCUGGGUCGACUUCCGUCUGGGAUGAAACAGCAGCGGGAAUAUCGUCGGCAGGGCUCGGACAAUGGGACAAAAGUUCGGAAAUACUCCAAUCUGGAGAAUCUGUCCUACUUCACAGCUCCGUACGGGAGACAAGAUCGGGAUCAUCUGCAACUUGGACAACUUCAUCAUCGGUUCAAGACGGAGGGCAUACGCACAUUUGGAGGACUGAAGAUCUCGAUAAUCACGAGGAAGCCCCGGCAGCCGUGAGGAAUGAGUGGUGGUGGAGAGCCACAGAGCAGGUCGUGGGAGGAGCGGCUGAUGUAUGGCGCCGAGAUGGGACGGAUACCUUUUCCGGAAGCUCUAUUACACUUCAGCAAGGGCACGAUACGCCAUACGAAGCAGGAGUGAACACGGAAUGGAGUACAAGCGACAUCGUCGGGGCUAGCGGUUCAAGCUCGACCUGGGAUGGAACAGCUUCAGGUGUGGCGGCCUCUGCGCUCGGUCAGUGGUCGAGGAGUUCUCGGGUACCUCAGUCUGGAGAAUCUUCUUCCUCUCACAAUUCCAGGGCGGAUACGAGCUCAGGAAACUUCGUAACAUGGACGACCGCGGCAUCGGUACAAGACACAGGCGAUUCGCGCUCUUGGCAUACAGGAGAGUUUGAGGGAGAAGCGGAUCCCACAUCCGCAGCCAGGAAUGAGAUUUGGUGGAAAGAAGACAACCACGCCUCGGGUGGUGCUUCGAAUCUCUGGGAUAAAGAUCAAUCGGGUACGCUAUCUGGAGUCUCUGAUACACUUCAGAGUCUAGGCAAGACACUAUCCGAAGCGGGAUCGAACACAAAAUGGAGUGCUAACAAUGCUAUUGGCGGUUCUGGUUUGAGUUCCGUCUGGGAUGGAACAGCAGCGGGAGUACCCUCUGCAGCACUCGAACAAUGGGAGAAAAGUUCUGAAAUACCCCAAUCUGGCGAAUCUCUCCUACUUCACAGCUCCGUAGGAGAGACAAGAUCGGGAUCAUCUGCACCUUGGACAACUUCAUCAUCGGUUCAAGACGGAGGGCAUACGAACGUUUGGAGGACUGGAAAUCUCGAUAAUCACGAGGAAGCCCCGGCAGCCGUGAGGAAUGAGUGGUGGUGGAGAUCCGCAGAGCAGGCCGUGGGAGGAGCGGCUGAUGUAUGGCAUCGAGAUGAGACGGACACCUUUUCCGGGAGUUCCAUUACACUUAAGCAAGGGCACGAUGCAGCAUACGAAGCAGGAGUGAACACCAAGUGGAGUACAAGCGAUACCGGCGAGGUUAGCGGUUCAAGCUCGACCUGGGAUGGAUUAGCUUCAGAGAUAGCGUCCUCUGCGCUUGGUCAGUGGUCGAGGAGUUCUCGGGUACCUCAGUCUGGGGAAUCUUCUUCCUCUUACAAUUCCAAGGCGGAUACAAGCACAGGAGCCUUCGCAAUGUGGACGACCGCGGCAUCGGUGCAAGACACAGGCGACUCGCGCUCUUGGCAUACUGGAGAGUCAAAAAGAGAAAAGGAUCCCACUCUCGCAGCCAAGAAUGAGGCUUGGUGGAAACGAGGCGACCACCCCUCGGGUGGUACCUCGGAUCUUUGGGAUAGAGAUCAGUCUGAUGCGUUAUUUGGAGUCUCUGAUGCACUCCAGAGUCAAGACAAGACACUAUCCGAAGCGGGAUCAAACACAAAAUGGAGUGCUAGCAGUACUAUCGACGGUUCUGGUUCGAGUUCCGUCUGGGAUGGAGCAGCAGCGGGAAUUUCGUCUGCAGCGCUCGGACAAUGGGAGAAAAGUUCAGAAACACCCCAAUCGGGAGAAUAUCUUCUACUUCACAGUUCUCUGGCGGAGACGAGAUCGGGGUCAUCUGCAAGCUGGACAAUUUCAUCUUCGGUCGAAGACGAAGGGCAUUCGCGUGUUUGGACCACUCGAGAGUUCGGUGAGCACGAGAAAGUCCCCGAUAGCACGAGGAAUGAGUGGUGGUGGAGAUCCACAGAGCAGGCCGUGGGAGGAGCGGCUGAUGUAUGGCAUCGAGAUGGGACGGAUACCUUUUCCGGGAGCUCCGUCGCACUUCAGCAAGGGCACGAUGCACCAUACCGAGCUGGAGUGAACACAGAAUGGAGUACAAGCGACGUCGUCGGGGCUAGCGGUUCAAGCUCGACCUGGGAUGGAACAGUCUCGGAAGUAGCGUCCUCUGCGCUUGGUCAGUGGUCGAGGAGUUCUCGAGUACCUCAGUCUGGGGAAUCUUCCUCCUUUCACAAUUCCAAGGCGGAUACAAGCUUAGGAAACUUCGCAACAUGGACGGCCGCAGCAUCGGUGCAAGACACAGGCGACUCGCGCUCUUGGCAUACAGGAGAGUCUAAGGGAGGAGCGGAUCCCACUAUCGCAGCCAGAAAUGAGUUUUGGUGGACACAAGACAACCUGGACUCGGGUGGUGCUUCGGAUCUCUGGGAUAGAGAACAAUCGGAUGAGAUAUCUGGAGUCUCUGAUGCACUUCAGAGUCGAGGCAAGACACUAUCCGGAACGGGAUCGAACACAAAAUGGAGUGCUAGCAAUACUUUUGAAGAUUCUGGUUCGAGUUCCGCCUGGGAUGGAACAGCAGUGGGAAUAUCAUCGGCAGGGCUCGGACGAUGGGAGAAAAGUUCGGAAAUACCGCAAUCUGGAGAAUCUCUCCUACUUCACAGCUCCGUAAAAGAGACAAGAUCGGGAUCAUCUGCAACUUGGACAACUUCAUCAUCGGUUCAAGACGGAGGGCAUACGCACGUUUGGAGGACUGGAAAUCUCGAUAAUCACGAGAAAGCCCCGGUAGCCGUGAGGAAUGAGUGGUGGUGGAGAUCCGCAGAGCAGGCCGUGGGAGGAGCGGCUGAUGUAUGGCAUCGAGAUGAGACAGAUACCUUUUCCGGGAGUUCCAUUACACUUAAGCAAGGGCACGAUGCGGCAUACGAAGCAGGAGUGAACACCAAGUGGAGUACAAGCGAUACCGGCGAGGCUAGCGGUUCAGGCUCGGCCUGGGAUGGAACAGCCUCGGAAGUAGCGGCCUCUGCGCUUGGUCAGUGGUCGAGGAGUUCUCGAGUACCUCAGUCUGGGGAAUCUUCUUCCUCUCACAAUUCCAAGGCGGAUACAAGCACAGGAGACUUCGCAAUAUGGACGACCGCGGCAUCGGUGCAAGACACAGGCGGCUCGCGCUCUUGGCAUACAGGAGAGUCUGAAGGAGAAGCGUAUCCCACUCUCGCAGCCAGAAAUGAGUUUUGGUGGACACAAGGCGACCAUCCCUCUGGUGGUGUUUCGGAUGUUUGGGACAGGGAUCAAUCCGAUGCGCUAUCUGGAGUCUCUGAUGCACUUCAGAGUGAACGUAGGACAUUGCCUGCGUCCGGAUCGAACGCGGAGUGGAGUGAUAUUAACACCGUUGGAGCCUCUGGUUUAAGUUCCGUCUGGGCUGAAACAACAGCAGGGGUAGCAACUAUGGCGCUCGGACGAUGGGCGGGGAACUCUGAAAUAUCACAAUAUGGGAAAGACGUUUCGCGUCAUGAUUCUGAGACGCACUUUAGGUCAGGGUCGUCUGCAGCUUGGACAGCCACAACACCGGUACGAGAUAUGGGAGAGUCGCGCUCGUGGACCGCUGGAGAGUCCCCAGGUUCGAGGGACGAAGUGGAGUAUGAAGCCGCAACGGCUCGCGGUAAGUCGUGGUGGACGGCUGCACAACAAUCACUUAGUGAAGCGCGAGAAUCGUGGCAUCGUCCCAGCACUAUGAUAUACGCUGGCCACUCCCGUGCACUGGGCACUGUCAAGGCGACUUCAAUUCCGUCGGCUCCUUCCUCGACAUUCUCAACUACCGAGGCCACCACGACUUCUACUACGACAGAGAGUCUCGAGGAGGGCUGGGUCGAUGAACUAUCCUCUUCAAGUGCUACGACAUCUACUGCAUCGACCACUACUGAGGAAGCGAUCACGUCCUCAAAG